AUGAAGGUCACGGAUGUCUUGGCGGCGUACACUUGCAAGGACCACGGUGCCAAGGUCUUCCAGCUGACUGACUUGACGGACGACCAUGCCACCAUGACUCACAAGCCACUCUUCCAGGACAAGGAAGAAGUCCAUGUGCCCUUGCAGAAGUUGCCAACGUGGAAGGCCACCAAGGCCCUGAUGCCCAUGUUGUGCCCCCAGGAACUUGCCACGGAAGGAAUGACAGCCAAGCUUCUCUUGGAGGAGCGGGCCAGGUCGGAGGUGCAGCUGGCUCUCCACAAAGCGGCGGAAAGGCACCAUGUGGAUGCCCAGACCAUCGCUUUCGGCCAGAACCCGCAGGGGGUGUUUGCGGCCAAGGCCAUUCGCAAAACCAUUCGUUUGGUUCCACUGGGCCCGGUGAACAAAGCCAAGUCGACCGCCAAGGAAACGAAGCUUCUCAUCGAGCACGGCGGCCACAGCUGGACCAUUGGGCCAUUCCGCCAGAAUGUCCACUUCGAAGCAGACAGCCCAUGCUGCUUGAUUCCAUAUUUCUGGUGCAAGCCCACGAGCGAGCCAUCCGAGGUCACCAUGGUGCACUCCACGGUCGUCGAGUCUGGGAUUACCAUCCCCUGCUUGGAGAAUCCAGCUCCGCUGGAGCAGUGCCAGCAGCUUUUGUUCCUGGCCGCCCAUGCCGAGGCUUCCGAACCAGACCAUGCCGAGGAGGGGCCAUCAGAGGCCAACCCUAAAGCCAAAGCCAAAGCCAAGGUGAAGGCCCAGGCCAAGGCCAAAGAGCAGUCGGAGCCUCCGUCCAAGAAGGCCAAGAAGUGA